AAGGAGAGGUGGCUGGUGAGGCGUAUGUUCCACAACCAUACGCUCCUCAGGAUGAGGUACAACCACAAAUUUAUGCUGAGGAGUUCAUUUCCCUCAACGACCAAGGUAUCCUAUACAAUUUUGAUGACCAUGCGGCCCUUAAUCAGCAAGUACAUCUCUGCUCUGACAACAUCGACAAUAUUGUGGCCCGAGGGUAUUUGUACGAGCAUGUGGGUAAGAUCAAAGUUCACUGCCAGGAUUACGAUGAUUCACAUGCUCGGAUCAUGGUUUCGGAAAUCCUGCAAGAGGACGCUGAAAUCCCAGUCCCAAUUGAAGAGUUCAGAUAUGUUAGGGACGUGUACCAGAUGUUCCUUCCUUGGCCUAAACACUUAAUUUUAACAACCGAGGGUCCACUCGCUCAACCGCCCUCAAGACGUGAUGCGUCAAAGGGGAAAGCUCCGAUGCUUUCUCCACAAAGCCGUGGUGCACGGGAAGAUGAGUUGUUCACGGAAGAGAAGAUGGCGUUGAUCCCUAAUUCGCUAAAAUGGAUGAUUCAUGAAUUCCUAAGGCUCAAAAAUAAACGUGAUAUAAUCACAAUUUCUGUCCCCCGAGGAUUCAUUGCAUCGCGUACCCAGAUCAUUUUAUCUGGAGAGGAUUUGCAGCAGGUUGCUACGUGUAACUACAUCGGCAACCAGGGAAUGCUGUUUGGAAUGAUGCACAUAUGGGAGAGCAUCAACGGUCUGAGAAAAAUUUUCAAGUUUUACGACCCAGAGCUUCUCACAGUGCAUGGGAUCAGCGAUGAAGAACAGAGUCAGUCUUUUGACGAUGCGGCAAGACGAUUGGCUAAUUGGUUAUCAUUAAUGAACAACAACCACCAAAUGUUCUUUAUUCCUUGGAAUAUCGGGAUGCAUUGGACGCUAGUGGUGGUUGCGCCAAGGAAAAUUAUCCAUUUAAACCCUGUAAAAGGCCGCCCAAUUCCCGAAGAAAUAGAACAAAUGAUCGGAAGGUAAUAAUUUAAUGACUUCUUAUGUAACGAAUUUAAAUUAACUAACGAAUUGAAAUGCUAAUAUAAUUU